CUCCAUGGCCAAUGAUCUCGCGGUUUUCAACAAAAAUCUGGCUGAUGCAUGAUACAGUUACCGUUAAUCUUAAUCUCUAGGUGCCCUCUCGGUGUGCCAGACAUUACAGCCUCACAUUUCUCUGAGAAAAUGGCUGCCACCCUCUCUGCUCGGCCCCACCGUCUCUCCCCCGGCUCCGCCUUCCCCACACCGCUCGUCAGACGACUUCACUCUUCUCUCAUCGGAAACUCUAUAAUCACCGAACCCUGGAGGGUCUCGCUCGUGUCUUGUAGACGCUCCUUGACGAGGACGACCCCGCCACUUAAAUCGGGCUCAAGAGCCGAUGACUCGGCCCCUUACGAGAUGUCCGUCGAAAACGCCCUCAAGCUGCUUGGAGUCUCUGAGGGCGCUUCCUUCGAUGAUAUACUACGCGCUAAGAAUUCUAUUCUCGCCAAUUGUAAAGACGACCAGGAAUCGAUUGCUCAGGUUGAGGCUGCAUACGACAUGCUACUUAUGAGGAGCCUUACUCAACGGCGAGCAGGAAAAGUAGUAAGUAGUAGCAUUCGUUAUGCAGAUGUCAAACCUAUUAAGCCCCCUGGUCUGAGGUCAACUCCUCAAUGGUUGCAAGCAACUAUGAAGAAUUCGCCUGUUUCUAUUGAGACUCCUUCGACUGGUGAUUUAGGUGUACAAGCUGGAGUAUAUGGUGCUUUAAUGGGUUUGACCUAUAUUAAUGGAGUUUCUUCAACCUCUGCACCUUAUGCGGGAGCUGAUGUUCCUGGACUUAUCUUGGCUGGUAGCUUUGGAGCUUCCUUGUACUUCAUGACCAAAAAGAAUGUCAAGUUGGGGAAGGCCACUGUUAUAACCAUAGGCGGGCUGGUAGCUGGUGCUGUGAUAGGCUCGGCUGUAGAGAAUUGGUUGCAGGUAGAUAUUGUCCCAUUCCUGGGCAUCCAUUCUCCUGCUGCCGUGGUUGGCGAAGUCAUAAUUCUCUCUCAGUUUUUGGUUUCCCUGUACCUGAGAUAGGUAAGCAGGAGAGCGAAGUGAUCUUGUAUAAAAAAAAAAAGAAAAAUAAAAACUUGUAAUUAUCCAUUGGCAUGCAGCAUGUUCAUACCCAAGCCUUUGUUUUUCCCCUAGCUUGCGAAUCAUUGCACAUUGUACAAAACUCUCAAGUCUGAAUAGAAUGCGGCAGCAUAUCUUGCCAAAUCGGAAACAUGAAACUUA